CUUCCUUUUCUGCAGAUUUGCUUCUGGAGAGCAGGUUGGUCUGUUGGCCUGUGUGUGAAAUAUUUGCUCAUGGAAAAUGUCUGUGGUGACAUCUGUGGUGAAAGAACCUGUAGUGCCAACUACAGUUCCUGGGGAAGUCUGGAUGAAGCAAAUGAAGCAAAGUGCUUGGCUGUUGCAGAGCAGCAAGGAUAAAGUCCUGCACUGAACUGAACCUGAAUUGUGAGAGGUAAAUUCUGACUUUGUUAUUCCCUUGCUUAAGCCAUCCUGCCACUGCACACUUCAUAUUUAAGAUACCUCCAUCAUUAUUUUGUAAACCAUUGGAGGUUUAUGUGUGUCAAUUUAUGCUUGACUGGAAGAACAAGGAGGCCAAGAAGUUGGCUGAAUCCAGGUAUUAGAACCACUUAUUCACAUAUCAUCACAGACAGCAACACGGGCAGGAAGAAGAAUACUGAGUGGGGACAAGAGAGAAGAUGCCUCCAUUCAGAUAAGGAGGUGGAAAAGCUGUGCAACGCGUAGCUGAGAUGCAGGAAGGGGAGAGCAUGAUUUGAUGAAAGGGAGAAGAGAGCAUCUUACAGUGCAGGCUAACACUGGGCACUGCUGUCGAAAGGAUCAGCGUGCACCAACAGAGAGAAGCACAGAGGAGCGUGUUGGAUUUGGCAAGUCUUCCAGCUGUUCCUUGUCCCCUUCAGACUGUGCUUACAACUCAGAUAGAUCCAGUUGGCAGUGGCUGGAUAUGAGAGUGCUUCAGGAAUGGCAGCCCUUUCAUAGAAUUAGCCUGUGAGCUUCCUCUUCACUGUGCCAAGAAGGUGGACAAAGCUUUGCCUGCUUGCUUUACAGACCUAGUCUGACAGUUGGGCAAAGGGAAGCUGUGGAGUGCUUGCAAAACCUCCAGAAGCAGGAGUUUCAGACAGUUCAAAGAGGGCAUUCGAACAAUAACCUCCCACAGCCUGAAAUUCAGCUUAUGCUAAUUGAGCUCUAACUGCAGGCCUUCAAGAAAUAAGAACGGUUUCCUCUGGUCAGUACUUCUCUGAACCUAACAGGGACCAGAGCACUAUUCACAAAUACGUGUGAGAGGUGUGGUUUCUUUAACUACUGCUUUAAAGACAGUAUGUAAAAUUAGCUUUUGGUUGCAGGCACUGUAUAAAAAGCAGGAGAUUGCAGCAGCCUUUGGGCUAAAUUUUGAUACUCCGACAUUGAAUAAUAUGCUGCUCUUUUUCAUCUUGGUAGUAAAUUUCAACUGUGUUUACAAAGGAACUCAAAUCUUUGUGUUACAAAUACUUGGGCAUGGGUAGGGACAUGAAUUGAAACCAGGAGCUGAAUCGGGUCUCUUGUACUGGAAUCCCUUUUCGUGGUUACUGGACACCACUACUCCCACUUGCUGCUGUCCCGAAUAACCAGAGGUGUUGUAAAGCAUAUUGAUAACUAUGGGUAUGAUGCAGUAAUAGAGCCAAACCUCCUUCAUGGCUCACUGCCGCUGACCUGCCCUGGAUUUCUUGCUGUUUCUCAGCUGGUGGCUCUGGGGCUCACUGGAGUUCAACAUGACAAAGAAAGCGGAGCAUUUUUCUGCUGACCUAGUGAGCUGAAUAGGUUCAAUAAAGUAAUCAACUCCAGAGACUGGGCACCUUAUGGCUUGGAACAGUAACAGCUGAGACAGGAACAGCCACACCUUUCCUGACAGGGAAUUCAUAGAUGAGCUUGACAGCAGUUGUCAAACCACACACAGAGUCUCACAAACUUCCUUUGUCUGUAGUGCUUCGGAUACGGGAUUCAAUGAUGUGAGCCACUGUAAGUAAAGAGUUCGGCUCAGAAGAGGGACACUGCUGAAGACCAGUUAACAAAGGCUGACCUGCAUCGUUAGGAGAAAAAUGGGGGACAGAAGGCGCUUGUUUGGAUGGGAAAUGAACCACACCAAUUCCUGAGUAACAUCUGGGACAUCUGUUGUGUAUGGCAUAACAAUACAUUAUGCAAAUACUACCAAAUGAUUCUUCCCAAUACCUCUGCAAAGCAGAAGAAUUCAUAUCAUUGUCCCCAUUUCAAGGACUAAGCAGCUCAGUUCGUAUUUUCUGCAUCCCCUACAUCUCAUUGUUCCACACCACACAGGAUCUAUGACAGAGUUUCUGGACAAAGGGCUCCCCACCACCAUUGCUUCUCCAGCUGUAGCAGGGAGAUGGUGGCUUGAGGGCUUCCUACAACCCUCUUGGGAAGCCAUGACAGGUCCUUGAGGUGCUGUCAGAAGAAAGGAAAUCCAGCAAAGUAAAAAGAAAAGUCAUGACAGAAGAGAGCAAUUUCUGCAAAAAUUGUAAACGAGAUGUGUCUGCUGCUAAUUUCUCCCUCCACGAGGCCCACUGCUUGCGGUUUCUCACUCUCUGUCCAGAAUGUGAUGAACCAGUUGCCCAAAAGGAUAUGAAAGACCAUCAAAUGGAAGCACACAAGCAGGUCAGAUGUAAUCUUUGUCACCAAAGCAUGCAGCAGUACCAGCUGGAGCAUCAUGAGAGCAAGGAAUGCCACAAACGAGCAACACAAUGCAAGAUCUGUGGGCUUGAAAUGCCCUUCGACAACCUGGAGGAACACCUGAACAGCUGUGCCAGCCGAACAGAGUGGUGUUGGGACUGUAACAAGUACAUCAUGUAUAAAGAUCUGAACAAACACAAAGAUAUUUGUCAGAAUAGUGGUCUCUCCUAUCCUAAGGAUGUGAGCUUUCAAACUAGUGAAACAUCCACUAAUGCAACACGUAUUGGCCCCACCGAUUCUGGUGGCAAUCUUUGCUGGAAGUGCAAUAACUCAUUCCCAGAUGACCAGUACUCCCAGCAUCUGAAUAAAUGCAGUACAGCCUAUAAACAGACAAAAGUUCUUGCUGACCAGUCAACUUCAAAACCCAGCAGUGAUCCACCACAACCUUCUUCCUCCCUGGCUCCCUCUUCUGUCUCCGAGAAUGCAAUGGCCUGGAAAGAUGUCCGUCCCAAAGAGAAAGGCCAGCCAUUGACCUCCAAAACCUUGCUUAAAUCCCCAAAGAACAAAAAGAUUGACUUUCCCUCUCUGACAAGAAGAGAACUUUCCACAUCACCUCAAGCUCUUGAAGACACCCAGUCAUUUGACAUACUGGUGGCUUGUGCCCAAUGUGACAUCCUCCUGCCACUCCCAACCCUUCAGAAACAUGAGAUCAAAUGUGGACGUUUGACAUCUGUGAAAAGCGCUAGGAUGAAACAAAAAUCAAGCCACGGAAAAAAAGAAGACGCUUUCUACAGCACUGACAAUUAAAUCUGGAAAUAGAGGCACAUCUUCAGAUUGAAGCUUCAUCUCAGCUUUAGCAAAAGGCAUUGAAAGUGCAAUAGCUUUAUCAACAAAUAAAAGUAACUUGCUACUUUGGGUCAAGAACAAAGAGUGAUAAAGUUUUUAUUCGUUAUCAAGAGUAGCAUUUAAAAGUUUUCACCAGAAAACUGUAAAAGUGAUGGGGGCUGUUGUCAUUUAAAAUAUUUCUGUGUGAGCUUGCCUUAGGAAUGUGUUUUUCCCACCUGCUUCAGCAAUGAGAGCAGCUUAUUUAAAAACUGUUUGUUCUAGGAGGGGAGAAGGAAAUAAGGAAUUCAGAAUUCCUUGUUAUGUGGAACGCCACCAAUUCCCUUUGCCCUCUCUAAGAGCUGAGACCUAUGUGUUUUUCAGGGUAGGGCCCAGUGAAAUAAAAACCAUUAAAUCCCUGUCUCCUUCGUUCCAGUGAACCACUAAACCCAAGGCAAGCGCAAACAGCUUAGUCUUGGGAGACUGCAGAUACAUUCAAGGGUAACUGAGGGUGUUCAUCUUCUGAUAUAGGAAUGGAAACUGCCAGAGCCCAAUGGUGGCAAAGUUAAACAUGAAGAGGGAGUGAAUGCUUUAUGCUAACGUCUGUGAAUGUUUGUGAAGCAGCCUCUGCUGGUUGGUAUCUUACGUUAAUAAACACUAAAACAUGCUAACAGAACAGUUCUAUUACAAGGUGCCCUUUUCCUUUCAUCCACCUUUUGCAGUGUUCAAUCUUAUAAGCUGAUAGCUGGAACUAUGGUACUAAUGCUGCCCUAUAAAUUGAGCAACGUACUUCUCAGAGCCAACCUUUUUGAUACCUGCAUAAUUUAUGCACAAGCACACGUGGGAUGUGAAGUCAGGCUGAGUUCAUAAGCUCUCCCAGCGAUACAGCAAGGGCCCCGGCUCAUGUAUUCAUAUCAUUGGCAGGUCUAAAUGAGCAGGACUGAGCCAAAAUGUACCAAUUGAUGUUCCAGGAGUAGAUACUUCCAGCCUUGUAACCAUCAGACCGGUGCCAGCAUUGUGAGUGAGACAGCACUUGUCAUGCGGUCUGGUGAGUGUUGGUGACUUCUGAGGUUCCUUAACCUUUGCAGCAUGGAGACUGUAGCAAUCAGCAGCUUUUCCUACCUGCAUUCAGAGCUCUUUAAUCUGAAACUCUGCUACUCAAAAGCCAAGAGCGCAUAACUUCACUCCCUGGCUGUCCCAGAUGUUUUGCUGAUCAAUGUCUUGUGAACUGCAUUUGAAAGUUUGCAGGAGUACUCCAACGACAUUUAAGAAGGGAUUUAUGAAGACAAUCUUAAGACAGUGCUCUGACUGAGGCUUAUUUUGAGCUUUUACUAAAUUGCCCUGAGCUUCUGCUAAGUAGGUCUAACAUUGAUUUGAGGGCAGAGGGAAGGGCUGUGAAAGCACAUCCAUUAAAGCUGUAUCACUAUGCAUAAAUGUAUCCUCUUUCAUUCUGCACUCCAUAGACUUUCACAUAGUUUAGUGUUCUCACUUUUCUUUGGUACAAACCACAGCAAUGGACUUUGUGGAUGUCUGCACAAGCAUAAGCUCUCUCACUCUGCUGCGUAUCUUGGGGCCUGUGCAGGUUCCAGCAAAACCGGACUUAUCAGGCCUCCCAGGAAGACUUUUUUUCAUUAUUCUUUGUAGUCCAGGGCUGCUAAACAUAACAUGGUCUGAAAAGAGUCCACAGUAAUUGAGUAAAACAAGUCUGGAGAUGAACUGGGCAGGCAGCUCAUGCUCCACAACCUAAAUCUUUGUCCAGAGAAAGACAUGAGAACACUUUCAUCCCUUUUGAAAAGGAACUGGGAAAGUUUUGCUGCCCAAAUGCAAAGGAGGAUGCUUUGCACCUACGAACAGCCCAGUUUGCCAGAGAGGACAAAAAAAGGAGCAGGGAUGGAUAUCGCAGGGCAGCUGCAGCCUGGUACCAGGCUCCGUGAGGGUUAGCACAGCCUCAGGUCAUGGCCUGACAGUGUUAUCUUAGGGGGUUAAAAGAAAACUUCUGUUCUCCUGGAGUAAAUGAAUACUUUUUGAGCUCCUAGGCUAAAAGAAUAACAAAGAAUAUAUUUUGUGCCUUGCUUAACAAAGAAUAUAUUCUCUGCCUUGUUUAUCUUCGAGGUUUUUUUGUAACACUGGCAUCUCUGGACAUCUGCUGAGAAG